AUGGCUUUCAACCCAGUUAUUGCUCUUUCCGGAAAAUUUAAGGAGACGAAAGGGGGCAAAGAUCAACAAAUUAAACAGGAUAAUAUUGCAACCAAGCUGCGGGCCAUUGGUCUUACUGUCUUUACCGCAGCUAACCUUAAAGCGAAACCAGAGGACAACAACAAAUGGAACAUUGUCGUAGCCGGAAUUAUAGAUCCUAAUAAACGAGGCACAAUAAAUACAGCAAAAGACAGACAUGUUCCAAUUUUAAACCAGAAAUGGCUCGACGACUGCUUAGAACUUGGAAAGGCCGUUGACAUUAAGGAAGAAUACUUAUAUGACAAGCCUUAUAACCCACCAUUUAACGGAGGCACGGACCAAUCCACAAGCAAACACACGGACCAAUCCACAAGCCAAGACACGGAUCAAUCCACAAGCAAAAACACGGAUCAAUCCACAAGCAAAAACACGGAUCAAUCCACAAGCAAAAACACGGAUCAAUCCACAAGCAAAAACACGGAUAAGUCCACAAGACAAGACACAGAUCAGAACACGGGUAAAGAUGCAACUCAACACCCAGAUAUCAAAAUGGAAAAUGUCGAUGAACAGCUAUUAUUAGCAGAAGGACCAAACAGGGCGGAGACGGAUCCAGUGAGAAGGAAGUGGUAUGAUGCAGUCAAAGGUGGCCCAUGGACCAUUACCCUUGCUGUGCAUCCUGCAGACGAAUUAAAUAAUACGCCCAAGAAGAGAGAAAACUACGUUAUGUGGAUUGAAUGCAUAUACUCUUAUUAUUUUGUGGUCACUGAUCCUCAACCGCUAAUUUUCGUGGACGAACCGCAAUUGAGAGACGCAUUUCUAAUUCCAAUGAAGGAUUACCCAAUUGCUAGAGACGCGUAUAUCAAUGCAGAAAAUUACCAUGUAAUGGUUAAAUCAUCACCUUCUGCGCUUCUUAGAUGCCCGUGGGAGGAAUUUAAUAUUUGGCAAGUUGCUUACAAUGGCAGAACUUGUCUUGUUUUCGGAAUUCCAAAGGGCCAGACAAAAUUAUGCGUUUGGACUCGAACGGAUAUGAAGACGGUAUAUGGCUCGGCUCAGGCGGAUGAGAACAUUAACGGGACACUUUUCGCGCUGGGCCAUGGAGAUGCUGACGAAGAUGGGAAAAUGACAAAGGGGGCGUUGACAAAAUGGAAGAAGAAGAAGCGCACUGCUACGAGUGGUGAAAACAAAAAGAGAUAUAACCUACGUGGACACAGUGCUAAGUUGGAGUCAAAGCCAAUGGAGUCGGUGGAGGAGUCAGAUUCUGAUUGA